AAUUUUAAUGUAAUUUUUGCCACAAUUUUGUUGAGUUUUUCAACGAAAAUUGUGCCCCAAAGUGGGGAAUUUGUGCGUGUUUGAUGUGCAAGACCUUAGGGGCUUUAUGGACUUCCUUCGGACUCCAGAGGCCCCCUUGCUCCGACUAUGCCACUUUCAGGGCCCCUUUCUGCCGGUUCAGUCGUACUACUGUUACACCGACGAAAUCUGUUGUAAGGAAGGCUGUUGUAAUGAUUUUGCCGAUUACAAGUACUUUCAUUCCUGGCAUUUUUGGUACAAAAUUUACGUUGUGCUUGGCGUUGUAGCUUUUGUCCUUCUUUACCGCUACAUCUGUUGGUACUGUAAAAGGGCGGAGCGACAAGACAAUGUUUUAAGAAUACGUGAAGAGGAAACUCUUAAUUCGCACGUUGUUAAUUUAAUGGUUUCUUACAACAACAGACGCAGUGGAAAUGAUAAAUUAAAUAAAUUGUUUAAGAUGUGGCACCUAAAGACGAUGACGAGAACCCCGACCCCCCUCCCCUCUACAACGUGGCCCUCCACCUCCCCAAGCCCCCCAACACUGACGAAGUCCCCUCCUACGAACAGGCAACUUUGAUGCGCCAAAAAAACAAUUUAAAUACUUAAUAAAAGCUUUAUUUAUUCCCGUAACCUACAAUUUCAUGUAAAUUUGUGUUAUUAAAACUUAAAAUUAUAUCCCCUUUGAUCAAA